UAACACUGUUUUCAGCUGGCCCCCUCCCCUUCAAAUGGGGACGAUCGGAGAUAACUUCACUUUUUUUAAAUUCGAGGUACAGCGUGAACUUAGGCUAAGAGCUUCUUUUACCAAUCGCAAGAAUGGCGGACGCGAAAAAGAAGGAAGCUGUGCCUCCCAAGAAAUUGCCAGCAGUACCUGAAUCUGUGCUGAAAAGGAGGAAGCGACGUGACACCGCCAAAGCAGCGAGAGUGCAAGUUUCCAUCAAGCAACGAGUUGCUCACUACAAGAAGAGGAAAGAAAUCUUCAAGCGUGCUGAACAGUAUGUUAAGGAGUACAGAACAAAAGAACGUGAUGAAAUAAGAUUGAAAAGACAGGCCAAGAACCGUGGUAACUACUACAUUCCUGGCGAAGCUCGUCUUGCUUUCGUCAUUCGUAUUCGUGGUGUGAAUCAAAUUGCCCCGAAGCCGCGCAAAGUCCUCCAACUGUUCAGGCUGAAGCAGAUCAACAAUGGUGUCUUUGUCAAGCUCAAUAAGGCUACCAUCAACAUGCUUCGUAUCGUUGAGCCUUAUAUUACUUGGGGAUAUCCUAACCUCAAAUCGAUUCGCGAAUUGAUCUACAAACGUGGAUUUGCCAAAAUCGAUCGCCAACGUAUACCCAUCACGAGCAACACGAUCGUUGAACGGAAGCUUGGUCGUUCCGGAAUCAUCUGUACGGAAGAUUUGAUACACGAGAUUUUCACUGUUGGACCCAAGUUCAAGUACGCCAGCAACUUCUUGUGGCCGUUCAAGCUCAACACCCCGAAUGGUGGAUGGCGCAAGAAGACCAAUCACUACGUCGAGGGUGGAGAUUUCGGUAACCGUGAAGACAAAAUCAACGAACUUCUCAGGCGAAUGGUUUAGAUUUAUACGAACUUGAAAAAUAAACAAAAAUAACAAAUGUUCGAACUA